ACAAUGAUGAAGUAUCUUUAUUUUGCGCUUUAUCUUUUGGGAAUAGCCAUGACUUCCACGACUUGUACAACUCUUAACGCUUAUCUUGAGGACAGAGAAAGGCUCAUUACUGAAGAAAACCGCGAGAGAAUGGGAAGUGAUUUGGUUCUAACAGAAAAAGAACUGCAAGUAAAUGCGAUAUUUAUGGACGAGAAGAAAAAAACAAUCAAAAGUGCCAUCUUCAAUAAUACCAUUUUCCCUCCAGCUCUUAGUUUUUUUAAGACCAAACAUCUUAUAGACGAGUCCUUGAUCUUUCAGAUGAUAUCUAAGAUGCCGAAAGGCGGUGCUUUACAUACCCACAGUACGUCGUUGGUUAGUACAGAUUGGUUGGUACAAAAUGUUACUUAUCGUCCUCAUUGCUAUAUGUGUAGAACUUUUGAUGACAAAUACAGAUUUAGAUUCUUUGAAGUCGCCCCCUUUAACGCUGAGUGCCCGUGGGAAUCUAUUGCUGUAUUACGACAGGAAUCUGUAAAUGUAGCGGAAUUUGAUAAAAGUUUAUACGACAAGUUUUCGGUGGUUAUUAAUGAUCCGGAGAUACAACACGUCACUGUGAACGAUGUCUGGGAUGAUUUUAUAGAAGCUUUUACUAUGAUUGAUGGAUUAAUACAGCAUACACCAGUUUUUAUAGAUUACAUAGAACAGGCUAUGGAAGAAUUUCUACAAGACAAUGUUCAGUAUUUGGAAAUAAGAGCCGAUCUUCCUAUGCUGUAUAACCUAGAUGGAAGUAAAUACUCUAGAAGUUAUUGCAUGCACAUAUAUCAGAGACAACUAAAUAAGUUCAAGCUGAGGCAUCCAGGAUUUUCCGGGUUUAAGAUAAUUCUUGCUGGGAACAGGUAUCUGUCUCGUUCUGUUAUUUGGGCAGAUCUACAAUUAGCUGUAACUUUAAAACAUUACUACCCAGAGCUUAUGGCCGGCUACGAUCUGGUUUUUCAAGAAGGAAGGGGAAAUCCACAUGUGUUUUACAUAAAUGAACUACUUGCCGUUAACAAUCUUAGAUAUUUCUUUCAUUCCGGCGAAACUAACUGGCAAGGGACAUCGAUUGACAAUAAUCUUAUUGACGCCAUCUUGCUAAACACCACAAGAAUUGGGCAUGGUUUCGCCGUUUCUAAACACCCCGCCGUAUUACAAGCAACAAAAGAAAGGGGCAUUGCUAUUGAGGUUAAUCCGAUUUCAAACCAGGUAUUACAUCUGGUACAUGAUCUCAGAAACCAUCCGGCAGCCAUGUUGAUAUCCCAGAAUUACCCUGUUGUCAUUAGCUCUGACGAUCCCGCUGUUUGGGAUGCUAAGCCUCUCUCACACGACUUUUACGAAACCUUUAUGGCACUGUGUGGCCAGAACGAUGAUAUCAGAGUGCUUAAACAGCUAGCACUUAAUUCAUUACAGUAUAGUGUGAUGAGUCCUGGAGACAAGGAACGGGCUAUUGCUUUGUGGCACCAGCAUUGGGAGGUUUUCUUGAACGAAGUAUUGGCAAUGACAUCUUCAAUCUAAUGAUGUCGGCAAGUCUUUAUUCAGAAAGGAACUCUCUUGUACAGAAAGAAAUAUUUGCGUAUAACACGAAAACUUGCUUCCUCUCUUAGUUCUUGUUUGCAAUAUGGCUACUGUGGUAGAAGACGUUUCAACCAUACAGUAGUAUGUUAAUGGUGUUAUGUUUAUGUUUAUUGAAUUUAAUAUAAUGCUCAUUAUUACAUCUUUGAUAUAUUCAAGGCUGCUGUACAUGAACGAUAUAUAUGUACACACACACACCCACACACACAAACAGUAAAUAAAUAAAUAAGUAAAUAAAAUUAUGAAAUAAACCCAUAAUACAAUAAUACAAAUUGUUAUUAGCAGAAUGUUCUUUCAAAGAGAUAAGUUUUCUUGAAAUGUUCCAAUGAAGGACACUCCUUCAGAUUUUGCGGUAGUUUAUUCCAGAGUUUUGGUCCUGCU